GCAGAUCGGCGAGAUGCAACGGCGCCAGUACAACAAGACACGACAUUGUUACGGUGGUACCCACGCUAGAACGCAAGGCAUUGUCAAGGGAAAGUUUGUCGUACCGGGAGAUCUGCCCAGACAUCUAAAGCAGUCGGAGCUCUUCAAAGAAGCCGGAGAAUACCCCGUGGCAUGUCGCUACAGCUCAGAACCGGGCGAUCCAGGUCUCGACGCAGGUGUUUCUAAACGUACCGAGCUACCAGCGGAUUCUGACAUUGCGAACAGGAUCGUAUUGCCCAACCGCGAGGUUUUGCUAUGAAGAUUUUCAAUGUGAAAGGAGAGAUGUUCGACGCCGGUCGAGACUAUUCGACCCAAGAUAUCGAGUUCAACAGCAUGCCAGCCAUCGAGCUUGCUGACGCUGAAACGACCAGAGAGGUUUUAGGUAUUCGUCUGAUGUACGAUAACGACAAGGCGGAGAUGUAUAAGCACUUAAAAGAGCGGCCCGACUAUGAGCUUCAGGUCUCGCGGGACAAGGUUCCAAACAAGCAUCUCGCGUCGAUGAGAUGGUAUUCGCAAACCGCCUAUCGUUUUGGUGACUAUAUUAUGAAAUAUCGGCUCGUUCCAUCCACCGAAACGCAAAGAAAGCUAGCUAAGAAAUCAGUGAAGCCGGAAGACGCCGACGAUGUCUUACACCGAUGGUUGCAAGACUUCCAUCAUGAUUACGAUGCCGAGUUCUUGUUCCAGGUGCAACUCGUCGAAAACUUGGACGAACAGCCUGUCGAGUAUGCCGGCAUCGCAUGGGAUGAGAAGAAAUACCCCUGGCAACCAGUUGCUGAACUCAGCAUUCCCAAACAGGAAAGUUUCAACUACGAGAGAAACUCGUUCUGGGAGGAUCACAUGAGGCUCGAUCCGUGGCAUGGCCUCGUAACACUUCAGCCCUUGGGCAGUUCAAAUCGCUUAAGAAGAGUUGUAUAUCCAGCCAGCAGCGCCUUGAGGCGAAAAAUGAAUGCGAGGCAGGAAAUCAAUGUCAGAAGCAUCGACGAGAUUCCAGGUUGAUUCGUACCACUCGAUUAACUGCACCAAGGAACGGGAUGGAACUAUGGCGUUAAGGGUUGCAUUCAGCGCUCGCGAGGUUUACAUAACAGACAAGCCAGACGUGCAGGUCGCUUGGGAUGAUCACGAACUAUCCGCUACCGGCCGGUAUAUACACAAC